AAAUCCAAAGUGGUCUAACAAAAUUGGUCUAACCGAACUUCCUAGGCAGAGGAGUCAUCCAAGAGGUUGAAAUUAGGCUUAUGUGAAGAAUGUGGACAAGGCCUCCUGGAGACACCACUUAAAAAAACGCGGCCCACACUACCUCAAAGGUGGUGUGGAAAAGAGUGUUUUUGGAAUGGAAGAAGUGGGAAAUUUUCUUCAUAGCCCUGGUAACACUGAACAAACUAAAACCAACCACGCCACAAAAAUUUCAAAACAAAAACAGACGCACUAAUCUGGACUUCGAGUAGGCACAAAAACGACCAACUGAACGUUUUACAUACUUUGAAUUUUCCUGGGUUUUUACUGCUGCCGUAGGCAUUAUUUCUUGGGCUCACAUGCACUACCCAAAAUCGCCGUUUCUAAGCUGUCCGCAUUUGGAAGCGGAAAUUUUGAAAGAAAACUCCACAGCUCUUGCUCCUCUUCUGGAAUGGCUCUGCGUUGCACCACGAACCACUACGUACAGGAUAAACACUCUACGUUCAACAGUGGCUGAUUUUAAAAAAAUUGUUUUAGACACACUCGUAACCCGUUAUGGAAGUGGCGCUCCUAAGGUCUAUGGUCUUAACAGCCUACCCGAGGUUCUUUGCAUUGAUCCAUUGAAUUCAGACCACGUGGAGAAUGUUUCGGACCCUACACUAAAAGAGGUCAUCGUAGAUUCAACUUGUGGUGCUGCACUUUUGCGUGGAGCCCACAUAUAUGCCCCCGGGGUUGUCGCUAUGGAACAUCAUACUAGAUUUGAGGAGUUGGUGAACAUCUUUGCGGAUCUGAGUGGAAAAUGCAAGAGAGGUACGGCUGUAAGAUUUGGCAGUGCAGAAAAAAUUUUCUUGGGAAAAGGGAAGGUACUAAUGCGGCGACAUCAACUAUUUAAUGAUGACGAGCCUGCAACCGGAGUAGCUGUGGAAAUGAUGUCAACUAUCAGCGGUGUGAUACCAGGACUAGGAAACUUGAGCUGUGCAGACGCCCUGCUACAAAAUCUUCCUUCAAUUGUAUGCGUACGAGUCCUGGAUCCGCAACCUGGAGAGGUCGUCUUAGAUAUGUGCGCUGCACCUGGCAACAAAACAACCCACAUAGCUGAGCUAAUGGGCGACUAUGGUUGCGUGAUGGCAUUGGACAAUUCGAAGAACCGCGUUCAAGCCAUGCGGUCCAAGUUGGAUUACUAUAGGAGUAUUCAGUUACACGUCUUUGACUCGACAAAGGCAGUGGAUUCGCAAGCCACUACAAUUUCCGCACCGCCAUUUCCAUGCGCUAGCUUCGAUCGAAUUUUAUUGGAUGCCCCUUGCAGCGGUCUUGGUAAUCGCCCCCAACUUGCAAGCCAAAUUAAACAGCCGAAAAUCUUAAAGUCAUAUCCAAAUGUUCAAAGGCGCCUUUUUACACAGGCAGUCCAACUGUUGCGAGAUGGCGGGACUCUAGUUUACAGUACCUGCACAGUUACUGAGUCGGAAUGUGAAGGUAUUGUGGCUUGGGCUUUGAGCAAAUUUCCAGACCUGAAAUUGGUAGAAGCGACGCCACGCUGGGGAGGCCCCGGUUUACCUCUAGAAAACCUAGAAGCAUCACAAUUAUCAAUGCUGCAACGCUUUGGACCAAACAAAGAACACCAUAAAGAUGAAUUUGAUACUGUUGGAUUUUUCAUUGCUAAAUUUCAAAAACAUAAAUAAGGUGUACUUUGACUUACUGCGUUCAUUAUUUUUUUAAUUUUGGUCAAAAGUGUGCAACGCAGUGCAGGAGACAUUUCCGACCCUAUAAAGU